CUCUGUGCAGCCAAUCAGAGAAGUUGUAACAUUUUGGUUCGAGUGCCACAUCACCCAAAUAUCUUAUCGGAAAUUUCACUAUAUAUUUACUCGUUUUUAUUUCACCUUCAAAAUGUCUUCCUGGUUAAGCAAUAAUUUAACAGGCGGUCUAUCCAGUAUAUCUAAUUUUACAGGGCAAAUUUCUUCCUUUACUCGCGAAAUGUUGACAGAGGGAACAGAGGAAGUUUCUGACCCUUCAGCAGAGCUUCAAGUUGCACAAGCUCGCAUUAAUGACUUUGAGACACAGAUUUUAAAUCAAAAAGCUGAGUAUGAGAGACUGAAACAAAACAACGAUGAACUUCAUGUGAGACUUGAGGCCUCAGAACUUCAGAUCAGCAAUAUAUCUAAGGAAUACCGGGCACAGUUACACAACAAGGAGCAAGAGCUGAUUAAGCUCAGGGAGCUCAGCAGAUUUCAAGAGGAACAUGGUCAUAGCUUUGGAAGAAGAGAGAGACAUGAUUCCACUGACAGUAUUGAAGAUUCCAUGGAGAUAAAAAGACUACGCAGUGAGAUUUCAAAGCUUCAAGUUGAGUGUCAACACUGGAAAUCCAUAGCAAAUGGAGUGGGAAAUCAAGAUAAUCUGCACAAAGAAAUAGACCAGUAUCAGCAUGAACUGACAGCACUGCAAAGCAGUUACUCACAAAAGAUUUCUAAUCUCAACAAGAAGCAUAAACAAGAGUUACAAAACUGGCAGGACGAAAAACAGGAAUACUUACAGAGAAUUGAAGAGUUAGAAGGAAGGCUUCUAAAUCCCAAUGAUGUUGAAGGUGACAGUCCUUCAGACAAUCAAUAUGAUGAGAGUACAAAGAUAGUUUCAUCUCUGAAGAAACAGCUGGUCUUUGCAGAAAAGUCCACAGUAGAACUGAAGAAUCAGGUUAAAAGUCAAGAGCAGCUUAUCAAUGUUUUGAAUGUUGAACUUCAGGAAAAGGAGCAAGCCAUUAUUACAACAAGAAAGAAUUUAGAUGAUAUGCAAACCAAAUUCCAAAAUGCAACUGAAUUACAUGAUCAAGCCAUGUCUGCUUCUGAAAGUAAGCUAAAUAACAGUAUUAAACUGGUGGAAAAACUUCAAAAUCAGCUCCAAGAUCAAAGCAAGGAACUUAGUGUCUCAAGAUCUGACUCUGAGAACAUCAAAAAAUUGCAAGAAGAUUUAAAUGAUGUUGCUACAGAAAAUGCAGAGUUGAAGGAACAACUUGACCGCAGCCAGUCAGAGGAGAGGAGAUUGCAUCGUUCUGCUGAGGAGGUGAAAUCUGAACUUGAACAGCUUAGUUGUUCAACAAUGGAGUUAAUGGAAGAGCUGCACAUUUCACAAGGUCUUCAACAAGAACAGAAGAUUGAACUGGAGAGCUUAAAGAAGGUGAAGUACAUCAAAGGAGACACUAAACAGGAGAUGGGUAAACUGAGGAGUGCACUGGCUGCUCUGUGGGAGCGCCACCUGUGCCUGGUUCAGCUUUACCAGCAGGUCAGACAUGAGUUGCACAACAGUAACGCCAGGCUUUUGGCCAUGUUCCAGGCUCCACAUCUAAGUACCAAUACAGUGCGUGACGACUUGAGAGAACUCCAGCAUAGACUAGAAGACCGUGGUCAGGCAAAACUGGAACAUGUGGUGAAAGAAAAAGAGGCUAUGAUGGGCAGAUCAGCUGAGCUAAGAGUAACGGUAGAGGAACUGGAGGGCGCUGUGAUGGACUUACAGUCUGACAACGAACAAGUAGCACAAGAAACAAAAGAUUGCGUCACAGAGAUGGGAAGGCAGGCAGGCAUUGAUGAGGAGGAAGGCAGUGAUGUUGUGGCUGCUUUACAUGCAGAAAAGGCUGUACUGGAGAGCACUAUAGUUGGACUGGAACAGAAGGUCCAAGACCUACAGGAGCUUGUUAACUCAUUGCAGAAUAAAAAAACCUGGAACAUAAACAACGAGUGUGACGAGGGACAAGCAAGUCGGUCUGGUUCAGCGGAGAGUGUAGCUAGCUUUACAGAGAGUACACAACAGGAGGGUGAACUGUCUAUCGACCUAGAUGAUCAGCUGGGAGGAAUGACCGACCCCUCACUUGAGCCUGGGGUAAGACAGGUGACUGAGGUGGCACUAGAAGGAGGUGUCUUUCCAAAUAAGGAUGGCUCUUUGAGUGAGGAAUUGGCCCUUUCAGAUCUGCAGCAGCAGUUACAGGACUACCAGCAACAGGUAGAGGAGUUUGAAUUGGCUCAAAGGGACUGGGAAGGGGAAAAGGAGGCUCUUGAAGGUCUGGUGCUUAGUCUCCGACGCCAGGUGAAGGACUUGCAAGUACUAUUGGCCGACCUCGGCAAAGAUAACAGCUCUGGCGAACAGGAAAUUACUAGAUUACGAGAUGAAAACGUUAGAAUCUUGUCCGAAAAGAAGCAUCUUCUCGAGGCGUGGAAACAAAUUGAGGACGAUUUUGUGUCUCUUGAUAUAAGUAGCCCCAAUGUAGCAAAGGAUGCUGGGAUUGAUGAAGAACGAAUACAAACAUUGCGUAAAGAUCUGAAUAGGUGGUCACUAAACAAAUCUUCCUCACCUCAGUCUAAUGAUACUGAAAAAAGUCUAAGUAUGAGUGAAAGUUCACAGACCGAUGAAAGGUUUGAACUUUAUUUAACAAAGCUCGAAGAAUUUGAAAAAGAGAACUCUCUUUUGCGAGAACAGACUGAGAGGCUUAUUCAAGAAAUUGAAGAGAAAACUUCCAAAGUAACUGAUCUGCAAAGUGAACUUGAAACCAAAAGUGGUGAUGUGAAAAGCAUCAGUGACGAAAAAAGGGAUCUGAUGAUCAUGAUCAACGAACGAGACGAGAGAAUAUGUGAACUAGAAGAAAGCUUCAACAAUCAUUUGCUGGAUUUGACCAGUUCUAAGGAUAAUGAAAUAAGCUUGCUUCAAACGGAACAACAGGACGUAGUGAAACUUUUGGAAGAAAACCGACAAGAAUGUUCUUUACUGAAGAACAAAAACAAUGAAUUGCUUGAUCUGAUGGGACAACAUCAACAAACUCACCAAGAACUUAGUGGAAAAAAUGAGAGUUUAGAAGCACUGUUAGUUGAAAAGGAAAAACAUCUCAAAAUGUUGAGAGAAGAAACGGACAACUUGGUAACAAUGGUACAACACAAAGAAGAAGUAAAUGACUCGCUUGCUGCUGAAAACAAUAGUAUGUUGAUGGAAAAAGAAGUUUUACAAAGUUUGAUUGAAGAAUACGAAGGGAAGCUCAAAAAUCAGAAGAAACAAGGUGAAGAGAAGGCUAACCUUCAAAAGGAAAUUGAACGGUUAAAUCAGUUGAUUGAAAGUAGUGAAGACAGGUACCAAGAGUUGGAUGCAAAGAGCACAAUUCUCUCCCGAGAAAAGGAGAAUCUUGCGUUUGAGAACCAAGAGAGCACUUCAAAGUUACAUCACAUUUCAUCUGAGCUUAAAGAAAGAUUUGCUGAGAUUGAAGUGCUGAAUGAGGAAAAGAACAAACUUGUUGAUGCUGUCCAGAGUCAAGCUUUGGCCUUUAAAGAGUUGGAACAAAAAUUGUCUGAAAGCAUAACAGAAAAGGACGAGCUUAACAAGCAACUGGGCAUGAAAGAGUUGCAGCUGACUAAACUGGAACUUGAUCUGAGAGAGAAAGGAGCCGACAUUGAUUUACUGAAGCUAGACAUUGCAAAGUUGUCAAAAUCCUUAAAAGAGAAGGAACAAUUGAUUCACACUCAAGUUGUGAAUGCUUCAAACGCUGGAGCUCAAAGCUCAGAUGAUGCUUUGUAUCGGCAGGCACAAUUGUUAAGGCUGUUAGAGGAGAAGGAUCAGGAGAUUGCUGCUCUUAAACAGAAGGACGCUUCAUUGAUAGAACUUGUUAGUCAAACAGAUCAGAGUACUCAUCGUGCCCAGGAGGAGUAUGAAGACAAGCUGAAGCAACUAAGGGAAGAGAGGGAUGAACUGUUAGGUGACUUGAGUCUGCGGGACGAGGAGUUGCUUACUAUGGAGGACAGACUUGAAGCCAUGAGAGAGAAGAUGCAUGGCAAAGACCAAGCUUCACAUUUACUGCACACUGAGUAUGCUCGGCUGCUGGCCUUGAACGAGUCUCAAGCAAACGAGAUGGGUAAACUGAGAGAGAAGAACUCUUCACUACAGAAACUUGUUGAAGAAUACAAUCGGGGCAAAAGUGCUGAACUUCUACGAAUACAAGAAGAUAAUAAUCAGCUAAGACGUCAAAUAAGCGCGCUCCAGGUUGAACACGAAACAUUAACUACACUAAUCCAUGAAAAGGAUAAACAGAUUGCAACGCUUGCUCUAAUGGGCGGUUCAGAUUCUUCCACUCCCUCCCCAGUAGGGGCUGAACCGCAGGUCAAAAGACUCCGGGAGGAGAGGGAUGUGCUCCUUCGAGAAAGGGACUCGGCAUUUAGAGAGAAAGAAAUCAAGGAAAUAGAAAUAUCUCAACUUCAAGAAGAAGGUUACUCUCUAAAGAAAACGUUAGAAGAGAAAUCUAGUUUGGUCGAUGAGUUGUUGGCGGAAAAUGAUGAGCUGUCAAAACAGUUUUCCAAACUACAAUCAGAACUAAAUUCACUGUCACUGGACAAAUCAAAUUUCAUUCGGAGUAAUAACAGAGUGAAAGAGUUAGACGACCAAAUCAGUUCACUGAGAAGUGUCUUAGAGUCGAAGGACAAGGAACUUGAACAACUUUUGGAGAACAGCCGAAAUGAAAAAAGUUCCAUAUUGGUGGAACUUGAAAGUGUCAAAAGCGAAAGAGACGAUAUUCUAGAACAAAAAUAUAUCGAAACCGGUGAGUUGAAAAGCAAAAUGUUCCAACUUGUGCAGUUACUUACAGGCUCUGAUGCGAGAGAGCAACAAAAUGUUGAUGAUAUCGAUAAGAACUUUCAAGCAUUGCUUCAUACAAUUAGAAACCAAAGAAACAGCACUCUUCGGGAACGAGACAAUGAAAUUCAAUCGCUUCGGGAGCAACUUUCAAACGUGACAAUACUAAAUAAAGCCUCGAGCACUCAUGGCUCAGAAUUAGGGGAAGUGUUGCGUGACAAGGAAGAGUUACAUCGGAUGUUGCGGCAGGUACGUGACGAAAAAGAAGAUUUGGUCCGCGAGAAGGAGUCCAUUGUAGCAGAUUUGCAAGAUCAGAUUGUGAGUCUUAGUCGAGCAGUCAGUGAAAAAGAACGUGCCUGUCAGCAGGACCUACAGCGUGUUAUCCAGGAGAAGGAACGAAUUGUAAGUGAACUAGACCAAGCACAAAGAGACAGAGAACAAGUCAACAGUGCCAACUCACAACGGCAGGCUGAGAUAAGCAGGCUACAAGCUGAGCUGCAUGAACUGAAGGGUGUUUUGACACAAGAGCGAGAUACCAUCAGCAAGGUACAGAGGGAAGUGUAUCAGUACAAGACAGCAUUACAAGAGAAGGAUAGGAUCGUCAAAGACAUGUUGGUGGAGAGAGAGCAGCUACAGAGAACAAAGGAGAACCUUCAAUACCGAGUUCAGCAGCUUCAGGAAGAGUUGUCUGUCGCUAGCAGUGGACAGAAGGUGGCAGAGACCAAGAUGGCUCAGGAGUUAGAUCGCCUCCGGAAUCAUCUGGUGCAGGUUGAAGAGAGCUACACGCGCGAGGCCCUCGAGGCCGAGGAACGAGAGAAGGACCUGAGGAUGAAAUUAGCUCAUGCGGAAGAACAGCUGUUGUCAAGUUCUCACUCCAUGUUGGAUAGAGAUCGCCAAGCCUCUGUACAGAUAGACAAUCUCCAAGAACAACUCCAGGCCAUCGCAGCUCAACGUGAUCGUGCAGUCAUGGAUCUAGCCUCCAUCCAAGAGCAGGCGCAUCAAUACCAGACAUCUCUCAGCAAUCUACAGCUUGUUCUUGAGCAGUUCCAAAGAGAACGCGAAUCUCAGCUCAAAGCUACUCAAGAACAGGCACAGAAAGAGAUCGCGAAGGCCUGGGCGCAUGUUAAGGAACUACAGACGAGAGAAAAUCAACUGAAGAGCCAGCUGGAGAUGGCUGCACGUAUAACACAACAGGUUGUGGACAUGCAAAGCCAACUGAAAUAUAAAGAUGAGGAACUUGUCAAACAUAAGGAAGAAGUAACCCGGCUGGAGGAAGAGUUACGAGUCAGUCAAGAACGAAUCAAAAACCUCAACAGUCUGUCAGACAGCAAAGUUGAGAAAUCUCUUGUGAAAAACAUGCUGAUUGGAUAUUUUAAUACACCGGAAAACAAACGAGCAGAUGUAGUGCGAGUAAUAGGAGGCUUGCUGGGCUUCACACACGAGGAACUGGACAAGGUUGGAACUGGAUCAUCAGCUCCUAACGGAUCAUGGAUUUCCACUCUUAUUCCGUUCGGUCACGGUGCACCUAAGACUCCUACACGGGUAACAGCUUCACAACAAAAGUCUUUUUCAGAGUUGUUCGUAAGCUUCCUGGAGAGCGAGUCUGAAGUGCCUCGGUCCAGCGUCGAGACGAGUGGACGAGUGAAUAAUCCUCUUUUAUCUGGUAUAACACCACAACAAUCUGCCGUUAGCCAGACACCUGGAGGAUUGCCUAUGGCAACAUCAACGCCCAUCGGUACCUCUGCAAGGAAUAAUUUACCGACCCCCCUACCGUCUGCUGUGUCACGGCCGCUGGUUACAUCCGCAGCGUCAGGCGAUGUUGUGCUCGGCACGAGAUCUAAUUCUUCAGGCAACAAUGGGAACCCUUUAUUUGUGGGCUCACUUACUCCGGUGCAAGAACUGCCUGCUCUCAGCAACUCCAGUCCAUUACGAACCUUACUUGAAGGACGGACCUAAUGGACUGCCUGCCUUCACUUCAAGUCAAGUCACUUGUAAAAACACUCAAAAUCGAAGAGUUCAUUCUUAAACCUUCCUCCAGUCGUUCGCGAUAUUCAAACGUACCACUAAGGGAACAGAAAAGUUGUUAGAUACGGCAAUUAAGAUCAAAUCUAUUUAAUGUAGACUUGCUUCCUUCAAGUUUUUAGCCUGUAAAUAUCCAAUCAGAAAAUUUUAUUAGAACUCUAUUUCAGGAAAUAAAAUGUUUUUUUUAAAAGGGCAUAACAGAUUCCAAUUAGGAGAAAAUUUUGAUCUUAUUUAUGACGAAGCGUACUCGGUAGUAAACUGAUUUGAAUUCAGUUCAGUAUAAAUGGGUUCUGUUAAGAAAUAGGUUUUUGUCCAGUGGUUUUAUUAUUGUAGUUAAAGCUGCAUUUCUUGUAGCUUGAUGAUAUUAUAUUUCUGUCCCAGUUGACAUGUAUUUAUAUUGAGCGUAUUACUCAGUUACUCUGACACCAUCCAACUGCUCCGUUUCGUUUGCUCUCUAUUGUAUUCUAAUAAAUGGCAAUUUCUGGAUGAA